GGGGAAGUACGUAAGAAAUCGUCUGACACUGAAACUUUAAUAAAAGAUCUCUAAGGCCUUGCAGUGGCCUGAUUCACAAAAGGAGAUUUUCUUUGACUGUGUUCAUCCUGUUAAACCAAGAACUGCUGAGGAAGUGGAGGAACAGGGCUUAGCCAUCUGGAUUUAAGAAGCUGAAAACCAUGUCUCUUCCCCGACAACUGAGAGAGAAGAGUGAUUUUGACCAGCUUCCAGAUGAUGUACCUGUUUCAGCUAACAUUGCAGAUAUUGAAGAGAAGAAAGGCUUUUCUAAUUAUUAUCUGUUUGUCAUUGAAGUAAAGGUUAAAGGUGGUGGCAGAUACCUGAUCUUCCGACGCUAUCGUCAGUUCUAUGCCCUACACACCAAACUGGAGGAGAAGUAUGGGGCAGAGAACAAAAAUAGCCCUUUUACCUGCACACUUCCCAUACUGCCAGGAAAAGUUUAUGUUGGGGCCAAAAAGGAAAUUGCUGAGAACAGGAUUCCUAUCUUAAAUGCCUACAUGAAGAACCUACUCUGCCUACCCGUUUGGGUGUUGAUGGAUGAAGAGGUACGGCUGUUCUUCUACCACUCAACCUUUGAUAGUGAACAGGUGCCUCACAGACUGAGGCGGCUUCGCCCACGGACACGCCGAAUUAAAAGCAUUUCACCUCAAGUGCCUAUUUUUGACCGCAUGGCAGCUCCACGGGCUGAGGCACUGUUUGAUUUUUCUGGAACCAGUAAGCUGGAACUCAGCUUCAAGAAGGGAGACUUGAUCUACCUACUCAGCAGAGUAAACAAAGACUGGUUGGAGGGAACAGCUGGUGCUGCCACUGGGAUUUUCCCCCGUGCUUUUGUGAAGAUCAUAAAAGAUCUACCGCAGCAGGAAGACACAGUUAAUAAAGUUCGCUGUUAUUUCCAUGAUGAGACUGUGAGCAUUAUCAGGGAUAUCUCAGUGGAAGAAGAUCUGAGCAGCAUUCCGUCAUUCAAAGAUCUCAUGGAAUUGAUGAGGCAAGAGUUUGACCGAGAUGACAUUGUUUUGAAUUACCGGGACCUUGAGGGUGAUCUGAUUCGGUUGCUCUCCGAUCAGGAUAUUGAACUUAUGGUGUCUCAAAGCAGGAGCAGGCCCUCUGAGAAGCAUUUCUUCCCUUGGAAGUUGCACAUCUCUCACAAAGACGACUGGGGUGUUUACAACACUAGUCCAGAAAUAAGUGCUACUCAUAUAGUAAGAGCAACGUAA